AUGAAUGUUACGUUAACCAGCUUGGAAGCUUUAAUUUUGAAAGCAACCCACGAAUCCCAGCCACAUCCAGAUGCCGCUGCCCUAGAAGCGUUCUGUACGAUAAUGAAAGAUUCACCAGACGGUCCGCAGCUAGCCGCUCAAGCGUUAGCUGCUCGUAUUCACUCUAAAAACGAACGUGAAGCUCUGCUUGCACUUUCGAUGCUGGAUCGUUGUAUGCGGCGUUGCGAUGUCAAUUUUCAUGCUGAAGUAGGAAAGUUUCGAUUUUUAAAUGAAAUGAUAAAAUUAGUUUCUCCUAAAUAUUUAGCAGAUAGAACAUCACCUGAAGUUCAGACUAGAAUUCUGCAGUUAUUACAUGCAUGGUCAUUAGAAUACCCUAAAGAGACUAAAUUUAAAGUAGCCUAUGAUAUGUUAAAAAAUCAGGGUGUAGUCAAAGAAACACCACCCCCAUUACCUCCAGAGGACACACCUUGGCAAUUGCGUCAGAGAGCUAAAAAUGCUAUCUUUGAAGAUGAGGAGAAAUCUAAGUUAUUGCAGAAAUUGUUGCAAAGCAAGAAACCAGAGGAUCUACAACAUGCAAAUAGGUUGAUUAAAACAAUGGUUAAAGAGGAAGAACGUCGUAAUGAGGUUAAUAGCCGAAGAGCUCAGGAAGUGAAUGCAGUAUUGGAUAGUGCUGGAUUGUUGCGCGACAUGCUGAAUCACGCCACUGAAGCUUCACCUGAUGAGGAGCAGCUGAUUCAUGAGCUUUAUGCCAGCUGCUCUCGACUGAGACCCGCUUUGCAGCGCCUUGCUAUAUCUGACUCGCAAAAUGAACACUUAAGUGACAUUCUUCAUGCAAAUGAUGUGUUAGCUGAAGUAUUUGAAAAAUACCAUGCUUUUGUUGCUGAAAAGAAGGCCAAGGUUAAAAAAGGUUUGAAAAAAUAUGCAACAACAAAUAGUGACACUCUUCUAGAUUUCGCAGGAGCGACAAGAAAUCCAAACAUGGGAAACAAUAGAAAUAUGUUAGCUAAAUCUAAUGUAAUAGAUGAAUUAGGUGAUAUUUUUUCUAAUGAAAGUGGAUCACAGAAUAUAGCAGAGCCCUUAAAACCUGUUACCCUACUACAUAAUGACGACAUUGAUCUCUUAGGUGCUAAGAAUAAAGCUGAGGGUUGGAAUGAAUUAGAUAGCCUUGGAGAACAAUUGUUAAAACAAUCCUUACCAGAAAACGCCAAGCGUAUUGACAAUUUUAAUAGUAAACAAUCAAAGAAAAUUCCUAUGAAUGCUUUGGAAAAAUCUUCACCUAAGCAUGACUCGCCACCAGCGAAUAAUGGUGCAUUGUUUGAUUUAGAUUUCUUGAUCAAGAAAUCUGAUGAAAAGCCCGACUCCCCUGAGAUGUCGCAAACCACCGAAGCACUACUUAAUGACGAUGUUAUGGUGGACAUAAGCACAAAUACAAUUAAUAGGGCAGAUUUAAAUAAAACCUCAAAAGCAGCAGACAAUUCAAUGGAUGCUAUUUUGGAUCUUGGUUUGCCUGAAGGAAAUAAAGUAAAACAUGUCAACACAGAGUCACCGACAGCUAAUUUGGCUGAAAACCAUUUGAUUCCAGAACAUAAAGAAACUGCCAGGAAUACCAAAAUAAAGGAGGUUAAACCACUGAAUGACAUCAAUGUAACACUACAAAGCAUACAUCCAAGUAAAGUACCACCAUUAACUGUUUUUGAGGAGGAGGAUGGGGUGACUGUCGUUUUACAUUUCUGUAAGGACAAACCCCGCUCCGACGUAAAUGUGAUCGUUAUUUCAACGACAAGCAAGAAUGGCUCACCCAUCGAAGAUUAUAAGUUCCAAGCAGUCUUACCAAAGGGCUGCAAGGUGCGACUGCUUCCAGCGUCGGGCACGUCGCUGCCCGCCUACAACCCGUUCCUGCCGCCGCCGGCGCUGACGCAGGUGAUGCUGUUGGCUCGUCCACCCACAGUAUCCCAAGUCGACCUGAAGUUCGUCAUCACUUACACCUGCGAGGACGAGACCUACUCGGAGAUGGGCGAGGCGAUCGAUCUGCCCCUCGACGCCAUA